AUGGACGCCUUCUCGUCGUGCUGUGGCACUCGUCGAAAAAGAGAUGAGGACACCGAAGCAUUGCUUGCCCAUUACGAGGAUGAUACUGUUCUCCAAAGGAGCGUUCAUCAGAAAUUGCAUUCCUUUCAGAUGUACCGAGCACUCUCCAUGGGCUACCUACCUUCUACUGAGCAGCUCAUUGCAAACUUACGAACUUUCCUCGCCUCCGAUUUCUUGACUCCAGACGAGCCAGACCUCAGCGAUUCUGGCAUAUUGUUACUGAAAGACACGAAGCAAUGGAUACGUACCUUCAUCGAGAUGCUCCGGGUAAAGAACGAGGAGGAUCAGAUACAAGAUUUCCUCUGGUACUUGUCCCAGUCAAGAGUGCAAUUGAACACAAAUCAGCUCGCAAAAUCGGCCUCAAAUGCCAAAGCUCAGGCAGACGCAAGCGCAGCCUAUGAGAGCGUUCGCACGGUUGGGAGUCUGCUUUUGACAAAUUCCGAUUUUAGGCUUUUCCUUGGUGAUCUGGGAACCAUUGGUCGCCAGGUCUUCUCCGAUACUGCAUUUUCAUUGUCCAAUGCUGCUCAAGAGACUGGAAAGAGACUCGAGCCUUCCGAUAAAGACCAUGAGGCUCUUAUAGACGUUGAGGUCGAGGCGGAUCAACCUCCAACGGCGAAGGAUUUAGGAGAUGGAGCUGCUCAAAUAUCGAAAACAAUGGGCGAGGGUUUAGUGAAGACGGGCCAAGAUGCUGUGUCGAGUCUCCAAGUGAACGUCAGCGGGCAACAGAAGGAUACUUUGAUCCACCGUUUGAAGGAAGCCGUGAGCAAGCUGCAAACACGACGGGAUUAUUCAGACUCAGUUUCAACUAUUGGACUGCUUUUCAAACGUUAUGCUCUUGCCUAUUCUCGAGUGAUAGACAAGACCGUCAGUGCGACCGGAGAAAGUGUCAACGUAAAUCCAGAGCUUGACAGGGCAGUCAAGAACCUCUGGCUUCUCAUUAAGUCCUUUGGAUCGCCAGAAGAGUGGGAAAAACUCGAACAAGCUCUGAAUAAAGUGGUGCAGCAUUCCCAGAGCGAUCCGGAGUUUGAAAAUCUUAUGACAGACACUGGCAAUGCCCUCCAGAAGUUGCUCAGUGACCCUAGCUUCUUUGACUCCGUGGAAGAGAGGCUGCGAGAGCUUAAGGAUAAGCUACGAAGGGUCGACACCGAAUCAAGUCUCCGUAAUGAUGUAGGGGAUGCUUUGUCACAACUCCAAGUGACCACACAGUCCGUCCUUCAAGAUCAGCAAGUGUCUUCACUCAUUACUACAACCUCCAAGAUCGUUGAUAUUCUCUCCCCUAAAAGUCACAUUUUCAACCAAGAGCUCAUACAGGAUUCUCUACAAGUCUUCAUUCCUCUUUUGAUCAACGCCAUCCAAUACGUACCCAUUCCGCGCGUAGAGGUCUCUGUUCCGGAGAUGGAUCUUCUUCUUGAGAAUCUUGUCAUCGAGCCUGGUCGAACAGUUAAUAACACGUCUUUCCUCCCUUUUAAAUUGAAAAUUGAAACUUACAACGACCUUGAGAUCCGGAAAGCACACACUCAGCGAACUACAGCAUCAACAACUAACCUCGUUACCAUUGCUGUGAAUGGUCUUUCCAUCCGUGCAGACGAAGUCGGCUUCUGGCUACGCGCACACAAGGGUCUUCUAUUCCAUCUAGCCGACGAAGGCAUCGCAUCUUUCCAGCUCGACGAAAAGGGUAUCGACAUCGCAAUCGACAUCGAAGUUGGCAAAGAGAGACUCGAAUCCAUCUUGACACUCAGGAAAGUGCGCGUGCACGUCCACAAACUGAACUACCAGCUCCGGAAAAGCAAGAUAUCCUGGCUUGCCUGGCUCCUGAAGCCGCUACUACGGCCUAUCGUUCGCAAAGUGCUAGAGACCCAGAUAGCCACCGCUAUUGCGGAUGGGUUGCAUGCUGCGAAUCGCGAAUUGCUUUUUGCGAGGGAGAGGCUGCGGGCGACGAGAAUUUCAGACCCACAGGAUGUGCGGACGUUCUUUAAGGCGGUUAUAACGCGAUUGACGCCAGCAGAAGACCCUGAUGUGUAUGCUGCAGUGGGCGUCAAGCCGAGUAAAGGCAUCUUCCGUGGUGUCUAUGCACCUGGUAGUCUGGUCAAGCUGUGGGAGGAAGAGGCAAGAUUCGCGAGGCAGAAGGUUGAGGAUAAUGAGGUGAACAGCCGGGGAUGGAGGAACGAGAUCUUCGAUGUGAAGGGCGGAGAGAAUGGCUUAUUGGGAAUGAGUGGCUAG